AUCGAAAGAAAUGUCUGCCAAACCGAAGGUACUAGUAUCACAUGGUGCUGUUGUCUGUGAUGAGUGCGAAAUAAUUGGGGAUGUAACAAUUGGUGCACGAUCUGUCAUUCAUCCCAAGGCACGCAUCAUUGCAGAUGAUGGACCUAUUAUCAUUGGUGAAAAUAACAUCAUAGAGGAACUAGUUACCAUUGUUAAUAGAAAUCCAGCAGGAACAGAUGCCAACACACAGCAAGUGAUGAUCAUUGGGAACAACAAUGUCUUUGAAGUUGGUUGCUAUGUAGAAGCAACAAAGAUUGGUGAUCACAAUGUUGUGGAAGCUAAAGCAAAAGUUGGGCGACAAGUCGGUUUAACAACAGGCUGUAUAAUAGGUUCCAUGUGUUCACUGACCAGCAAUGAGACGCUACCAGAUAAUACUGUGAUCUAUGGCAAGGAGUGUGAGAGGAGGGUCCAACGAGAAAGACCUCCAACCCAGAAUCUUCAAAUUGACUUUUUGACCAAGAUAUUGCCAAACUACCAUUACAUUAAGAAGACCAAGUCUGGAACUCCUCAACGGACGUGAUGCAGCUGUACUAAGGAAUCACAAAAUUAUACCUUUACUUAUGAACAUGAUUUCAAUAUCCGAUGAAAUACAAAAAAAAUUAUCUCUGAAGCCCAGAAUAACAACAACUUAAAGAUAAUCUCAGUGUUUUGUUGUGAUGUCUGAUAUUAUUUCAAAAUACAAGUAUGCACUUGGAUUUUUGUAAAGGAAUAAUUUUGUGAUUCCUAGUGUUUUAUGUUUUUUCGAUAAUCAGUGCAAUAUUCUGGCAUGGUGGCAGAGGGAACUUUUCUGUGGAUGAAUGAACUACAAGUUGCUUUUGCUGGUGAUAGUUCACAUUCUGACUGGUGGUGGUAAACACACUAACUGGUUGAAACUUGCUUUGACCAGGAGAUACAAGGAUCUCCCACUGCAAGGAUGAUACUGAUCCCCCAUUUAGGAUGUACUGGGAGCAUGCUGUUCAAUGGACCAGAGCAGUUAUAGUCUUUUCUCAUUGCAAAUUAUGACAAAAUAUGAAAUAUCGUCAUUGUAAAUUAAUUAGUGUAAAGUUGCCAUAUAACCUUUUUAAUGUAAACUCAUGCCUGUUCUGUGCCUGUUCUGUGUCUGUUCUGUGUGAUAAUUGCAUUUCCAAUGUAUAUUUCCGUGAAGAGAAUUCUCUUAAAAAGCAACUGUUCAGUCAAUUCUUUUUUCUAAGCCUCCUCAGGGUGAUGCUGACAAAAAAUGUGUGAACUAUCAUUAUGUAUUUAAGGACUGGAUGUCCUCUUUAAAAAUAAUUAGCUUAGGUUGUCUAGCUUUGUAGCAUCAUUUUAAUCACAGUAACUGCUCACUUUAUAUUUUCCCUGGUGUUGCUUUACACAUUUUCAUUGUAUUUUUGUACAGCAAUCCAUCCUUUAACUAAAGUGAAACAAGAACCUGUGAAUUUACAGAAUUUCUCUCUAUUUAUGCCCAUUUGUGUGAACAUAAAAUUUGUUAGUUUAUUAUCUUGAAAUAUGGUGCAAUGAAGUAAUAUAUUGAAUUUGGUAAAAAUUGUUACUAUGCAGUAUAUGAUCAGCCCUUAAAAAGUAGGACUUUUAUGUUCGAUAGUUACCAGGAUUAAUUAUUAACAGAUACAAAUCACAGUUGUUUUGGUUUCAAAAAUUGACGGUUCAGAGGUGGAUAGAAAUAAAAAGGCAAAUCCAAGCUCCAUGACUGAGUGUACAUUCUGUAAUGGGGCCAAGUCUUGGUAUUUCUAUAGUGUUUCACUCAAGCUGCAAGUAUUGCAUUUUUUAGUUGUAUUUUAAAUAACAUUUACAUGACUACUGGUACAAGAUUUGUCCUGAUUAAACAUAAUUUACAUUAGUAAAAAUAUACCUUCUCAAUUAUAAGGAAACAAAAGACAUGUUUUAAGUAAUAUUCUUUUUCCUAUUAUGGAAGUUCCUUGUUAAAUGAUAAUACAUGUUCACCAUAUGUGUCUGUAAAUCAGUGUAAAUCAUUGUAUUUAUUUAAUAAAGGAUAGUCUUAUUUAA